UCAAGUGUCAAAUUGCAGUCAAUUAAGUUAUGAAUGAAAAUGACAUACAUUUAUACAAUAACAUACCGAUAAUUAAAUUGUGAAUUCUUAUAUUGAUUUCAUAUUAUAGUUGUUUGUGCAUAAUAUCAACAUGUUCUGUUGUCUCAAAGGAUGUAUCAGUGGUUUCACUUUGACGCCAAGCGUCCCCAUUCGUAUCAAAGAGAAUCCAGUGCAACUGGACACUUUACAUAUGGGACAUGAAGUGGUGGUUGUAAAAGGAGGCCAGCGAGUGUGUGGCUCAGGUUGCGCACUCGGGAAUGCUCCCCUUGUUCAGAACAAGUCAUACUUUGAAGUAAAGUUGCAGCAGGGAGGUGUUUGGGCUGUUGGAGUUGCCACUAGAGACACAGAUGUCAGUAAAGUGCAUGGUGGUAUGGACAAAGAAUCCUGGUGUUUGAACAGUGAUGGGACCGUGAGGCAUGCUAAUGUCGAAUUGUACCACUUAGCCCCAGCACCUAGAGAGUCACCCACAGCAGAUUUGCUCGUAUCCACAGGUUCUCCCAGUCACGAGCAUGAAAAGCCUGAAAGUGAGAAAGCAAAUACUGUUGCAGUAAUGCCAGCAGAGGGCGACACAAUCGGUGUGGCGUACGACCAUGUUGAUCUGAAUUUCUUCCUGAAUGGAAAAAAUAUGGAAGUACCUGUAAGAAAUAUUAAAGGCACAGUUUAUCCCGCGCUUUAUGUUGAUGACGGCGCAAUAUUAGAUAUAAACCUAGAAAAUUUCCUAUAUCCACCUCCAGCGGGCUAUGAGAAGAUAAUGGUGGAGCAAUCUCUCCUCUAACAGAUGCAGUGUGAACUGUACUUGAGUGUUUUGCAUCUACCAAAUGGACUAUGUCACAACAGAGUGCUGUAACUUGGUUGCAUGUGUGAGCUAACCUGCAUAUGUAUAUGAGACUGCUUUUACUUAAGUAUUGUAUUUGAAUAUAUAUUUAUAUACUUGUCUUAAAUCAUAUCACAGUGCUACUGUAUAAUAUAAGAACGUAUCUCACAGGCUGCUUCAGGUUUUCUGUAAUAACUUGAGGCCUAUUUGGUUGUAAUAGGGCUCUAAAACUAAUUAACAUUUUAUAUAAGAAUUUAUAAAAUAAAUUUAUUAAUAUGAAUUGCUAAUACUAAAUAUUGCGCGAUUAUUAAAAGAAACUAAAAUGUGGUAUUUAUUGUGAGGUGGCAAGCAGAAAAUAAAAAUACAUUAAAAAGAUUUUUUAUUUUCUGUUUAAGGCACCUCAAUAAACAGCGUAUUAAAAAACAUUUUUUUUAUUACUAAAAUGUCUAGUCACUUCACAGAACUGUCCAAAUGACUUGGAAUACUGUGUACAUUUCUAUAUACAGCUCCAUCUAGCGAUAAUAAUGUUAUACUAUCGUUAGAUGGUGUUAUAUAUGGAAAAAUAGGAGGACGUGACGUUAGAAGGACUCUCAUUUCAAUUAUGUUACAAUUAAAAAUUAAAUUAAUUAAAUGAAGCUUAGAAAAAAAUAUUACUAUUUUAUUUAUCUAUAAUAUGGGUAAUUAGGCGUUUGUGAAAUAGGUUUUUAGUUCUCUUUGAAUUUAGAAAAUUCUCUUUGAGUUUGAAAGGCCGUGCGACGUCACAUCGAUAAAGCAAUUUUUUUCGUCGUCACAAUUCAUCAUUUACCGGUUCUUAUUCUUGUAUUGAGAAUUCAGUGUAUAUGUUUCUCUGCAUUUUUUCUGUAUACGAAUCUAACAGCUUAGUAUGGUGUUUUGUAAAUUUAGUUGCUACAUCCCGGGUUCAAUUCCCAGUUCGAAUAUUAUUUGGAAUUUUGUUAAACGAGUAUGAUGAUAAUGUCAGUCAUGAUAGAGGACUUUGACCGCUAGUGGAAUGUUUUGUAAGCAAAUAAUUUGCGUUCUAUUUAUUUAAGAAAGUGUGAUUAUUGAAAAUUUUGUGAUUGAUAUUUUGAUAUGUAUGCCGAUUGUGUAAAGUUCGAAUUCAAUAUUACUGGUGAUCGUUUCUAUUUUUUUAUAUUACUGUGGAUAGUCAAGAAGUAGAAAGCCCACCUACUUGGUGGAAAGAGGCAAUUGUCGGUUUAUAUAAUUUCGAAGAUUUAUUUAUUAAAUAUAUUAAAUAUAGAAAAAAAAAGACAGAAAGGAAUACGGAUAUUAUUUUUAAUUUUGAUAAAUAUAACAACUAAAUGCUCAACUUACAUGACUAUUCUAAUUAUUAGACAAACGGUUACUUAGUCGUACGUCAGAAUAAGUUUAGGAAUCGGUUCAGAAGGUAUAUUGUAACUUAUAAAAAUACAAUUAAUUGAGAACCUUUUGAAAUUGAAAUACAACAGAUACUUUUUGUAUAUCGGACAUAGAUUUGUUACUCAAAUGAAUAUUUGGCUACAUUAUAAGUUGACUGUCUGAUCGUCCCUGGAAAAGUUUGGCAUUGGAGAGUGUGGCUUGGCUCGGUCUUGGUUGAAGUGGUCGCAUAGCUUCGCUUGGCUUGGCUCACUUAGUUGGUAGCGACAUCUCGCGUUGUGGCGUUACACUAUUCGUUUUUUAAUUAAAAUGGCGUCUACUCACUUUUUUAUUAUUGGAUAUUCACACAAGGUCAUCUGUAACUGAAAAUAAAAAUACUAUCAAAUAUGUGUAAAAUCAAUAGAUUUAUUUUUUUUAUUUUCAAUCUUCGGUAGAUCAAUAAAAAUAUUAAUCUGCCUUUGAUAUAAAUGAAUCUGAAAAAGAGAUAAUUUAGCCAUAAUAUAAACAAUGAAAUUAUGAAAUAAAGUAAGAUUUUAAUAUAAUUUUAUAAUUAUUUUUUCACUGUAAACUAAAUAUAUGUAAGUUAUAAUGGGACACUUAUAAGUGAAAUAUACAAAAAAAAAAAAAAUGGAAUGUAAUCUUUAUUAAUAUUGUAAAUGUGAGUUUGUUGUAUCUCCACUGAAUAUGUGUGUAAAAUAUAAAUUCGAAUUAAAAAUAUAAACAUAAUAUACGACUUCAUCACGAAAGUAUAGAAUAAAAAAAAAAUGAGAGAUUAUGGAAUAUUCACUGUGGAUAGAGAAAUGAUAGAUAGUUGUUAAUGAACAACUGAGGGCUUUUUUAUAAUUUAUCAUAGCACCAUCCAUCAUUAUUAUAUGUAUAUAUAUAUUAUGCAUCCAAUAUUAUUAUAAGCAUAUAACGACUUAGUGAAGUGUAUGCAAUUAUAUAAAAUCGCUCUUAAUUUUUUGUUAAAAAUGUCGUGACGAUAAAAUAUAAAAGCACCCUAAAAUAUCUAGUAAGUAUCUAUUUAUUAAAAUUAUUCAUAAAAGUAUAAUAAAUAAAUUAUAAUCUCAUUGCACAUGGCAGAUUAUUCUAUGAUUUUCUUCUAAAUGUACUUUUUGUUUUUCGCCACAAUGUUGGCGUCAAAUCUUCUUAUAGCCGACUUAAGCGUGAACGAAUUACCUUUUUUACUACUUUAUAUUAUUGAAUAUAUGUAUUUCAAGCAUAAAAUUUUGUAAAUCUAUUAAUGAAGUAUAAUGUGUGUUGUCUAUUGUCGUAAAGUCGGGCUAUUUUUGUAUUAUUAUCUAUAAAAACUGUAACACGUACACAAAUAUAUAUGUAUGUACAGCUUGUUUUAUUAGCAUGUUUUAUUAGCGAUGUUUUAGCCUAGUUUAAAUUCUAAAUGACCAAUUGACAUACCUAAAUUAUAUUUACUUUAAUAAUUUAUUUAUAAAUCAAGAUUUUUAUAGAUAUCAAUAAUUAAAAUGUACCUCCAUAAGAAGAGGAUCAUUCCGAACCGACACGACAUCAUAACGUUUAAAAAAAGAGAAUAUUACUUAUAGAAAGCCGACAGCAUUCCUGCAAUACCUCUGGUGUUGCGGGUGAUCUUUAGCAGCGGUAGUCACUUAUAAUCAGAUGAGCCACAUGCUCGUUCUGUUAUGAAAAAAAGAGGCAGUCCACAAUAAACAAACAUAAUAUAUGAGAUAAAACAAGAUGGUCCGCCAUUUGCCUACUGGUGUUUUUGGUUUACCUAGUGGCUGGGUUCCAAUUGUGCUAACAACAAAUACUUUAAUAUUCUAUUGCAGCAUUUGUAAAUGAAUAGAAUUCAAAUGAUACUUGAAUCACACAAGAAGUGAGUGUAUAAAAGUAUAAUAUUACGAGUAUGCAGUGUAAAAUACUGCAUUUUUGUAAUGGCGUGUAUCGCCUUAAUUGUUUCGAUGUAAUAAUAUUUUAGCUUUGUAGAAGUUACUCUGAGAUUGUUUCUGAAACUAUUGGACCAGAGAAUGUAAUUCUAUUGCUAAUCUAAUAACUAUUACUAAAUAAAAUAUAACGUAACCAUAUUGUGAUACGGUCGUAAUGAAGAUAAACGCCUUAUUCAUAAAAACUUCUUACAAAUCUGUUUUACAGUGUUUUGUCACUUACAAAUUGGGAAUUUAAUGCAAAAGAAAAAGAUUAAACAUGUAUCUAAUAAAAUAGAUUUAUAACACGUUUGAUAUUUUUAUGGAUAAGGGUAAAUGUACUUAAACGAGCUUCAAUUUCUUAUUUUGAUUGAUCUGUAAUAAAAAUAUUUGGUUCGAAUAUUUUGCUACAAGACUACAGUUUGACGAAAAAAUGUUUAAGCAGUGUUUUUUUUUUAUAAAUAAGCUUCGAUCAUUAAAAUUUUUUAAACCUAACAUAAAUAGUAAUACAUAAAAACAUAUAAUCACAUAAAACUAGAUGUAAUUUGAAAGGAGUGCUUGUACAGUAAGAUAUUUAGUUAUUAAGCUUUUAUCUCUAGCCAUCAGCCUAAUAAAGUUAUUGCUGUAGGUACCUACAUUAAGUUAGUUGUUUUAUGUUAUAUCUUUUGUAAGCGUUAUUAGAAACCAGGGAAGAUCCUGCCCCUGAUUUCUGCAGGUAUAAAGAUUUUUAAUUCGAACGGAAGUUUAUUCUUUUUUUCUUACUCUUUUUUUUUUGGUUUUUUUUUGAUGGGUGAAAAUGGUAUGGUAACACCGCCUGCGCUAACGGGAUACGCUGGCGGAGCAUCAGUGAAGGGUGAUAGAUGACAAUGAAAACAGGUCAGUUAGCCCAUCAUGAUGAAUUUAUAAGGAAUUAACCAUGAUAGUUUUCAGGGAAAACCGCGAGAAGGUCGACCUAGUUGGGUAUAUUGCUAACAAUGGGAUUCAGAGUCUUCAUUACUAACAAUCCCUUUUUCCUCUAUAAUUAAGGGUUGUCGCCUGGCACAGAACAGGCAAUCCGGGUGCGUUGUAUUAUAUUUUCGAUUUUCUUUAAAGAGUUUAAUUAAAAUGUCUUAUACCUACAGAAAUCAGCGGCGGGAUUUUAGAAAUUUUAUUAAUAUUCUUCAGGGCCCACAUAAAGUAAACGUAAUUAUGUAUCAUAAACAAUAUGGGAUUUAGUAAAUGGCAAUAGUGAGAUCUUACUUUAUAGUGUUAAAAUUUAUAAUAAAUGUAUAAAAAAAAAAAUGUUGAAGAUUGUCUCCAUGUGGCAAUGUUGUAAAGAUACUGUCAACAUUACCUCAUAUUAGACAAAUGCUUCAGAUCCUGAGUCACCAGAUGAGAUGAUCACUCGUUUAGAUAGUUUUUAAAAGAAGUCGUGUACAUUGGGGCCCAUGGAGCCAGGCUUCGACUCCGAAUUCAAUGAACAAGUAGGUAUUAUAACAAAUUUUCUUAAAUGUAAAAUGCAAUCGUAUAAGCAAAAUUUCGAACUAAGUAUUACAUAAAUGUACAGUUCUGAAUCAUAUCUAAUGUUCUGCAUUUAAGUAACGUGUAAAUUUAUUUAAUUUAUAAAAAAAGAAAAGUAUUAUCUGAACUAAA